AAUCAAAUGAUUAUAAAUUGAUGACAAUUUCAAUAAUUAUAAAUAUGACAUUAUCAUGAAAAUGCCAUUAUUGAAAAUAUGAAAUAACAUUAUCUUUUUUGUUGACACUGUCACCGUUCAAAUAUAAUUAUGAUAAUGUCAUGACAAUGAUAGUGUCAAUGUCACGAAAAAGAUAAUUUUUAAAAAUAUGAUUGAAAGAAUACGACGGUCGACGGAAACCAAAUUGCAGUUCAGUAGUUGCAAUUGAAGAUCAAUACAAUUAAAAGAAAAUGAAAUUGAAUCACAUGGAAACAGCAAAAUAGAAAAGAAAGAACAGAGACGGAAGAAAAUAAGGAGAUGCGAGAAGAAAAAGGAGGAAGAAAGAGCAGCAGUAGGAGAACCAUGUGGGAAAGAUGAAAAUACAAAGGGCAAAUACGGGGGAGAUAACAAGCCUUUGAGUAUUGUUUUCUAUAAAUUUCCAGUCCAAUCCCGCACCACCCAUCCCAGUCCUCUCUUUCCACCCUCCCCGGUUGCUACGUCAACAUUUAUUUGUUUACUUUUAGACACCCGCCGGUUUCGGCUAUGGGGGUAGCCUUAUUCCUGCUCAUUGCAUGUUGCUAGUUAAGGUAAACUACUUCUAUGCUGCACGCCAACCGAGUAAAACAGCCCUUGCGAGAUUCAUAAUUUCAUCCAAAUCACAACUACCCAUGAUGAUAAUAUAAAUAACAUAACAAUUCAUAUACUUCGUAUAAUAAUACCAAUGGCAUAUAAUGUCAAUAUCAUAACAAUGUCAAUGACAUAAUUUUUAUAAAAAAACAUCACUGCUUAUGUUUUAUAAUGUCUUUAUAACUUUUAUAGAAAAACAUCAUUGUUUGAAAACUAAUUUCAUUGUGUGAAUAAAAUAUAAAGUUAAAAAAGAAAAAGAAAAUGACAAUGUCAUUAUAAAAAAUAUGACAUUGUCUAUUCUCAUGACAGUGUCAUUGUUAAAAUUAAAAUAAUGACAAUAUCAUUACUAUGGUAAUUAUGCUAAUCAUUUACCAUAAUUAUGCUAAUUAUGGUAAUAAUGACAAUAAUGUUGAUAUCAUUGUAGAUUUGUAGAAUAUAUGACAAUAUAUAUUGAAAUGUGAUAAAAACAUUGACAUGUAAAUAAAUUAAGUCCAAAUCUAAGACUGAGAUGACAUUGAUGUCAUCAAAUCAACAUUAAAAGGUAAAAUCACUAAAAUAAGUUAAUGAAAAAAAAGUGGAAGCAUGAACAAAUUAAUGAAAUUAAUGAAAUAAUUAUUUAAAAUUAACACAAAAACCAAUAAAGACAAAAAGUAAAAAUCUAGCUAGCUCCAACAGGGGAAGCAUGUACAAGUGGUACAACCUGCAAAAAGUUUCGGAUCCAAAAGGCCAGCUACUUGGAAUACUAGAUCGGGCGAUGCACGUACAACAGGCCAAACAAUCUAGAUCUAAAAAUCUAGCUACCAGACCGGGCGGAAGAGAAGAUGAGAAGAGAAGAACAAGGUGGAAGAGGAGUACGAGAAGGAGGAAUUUCUGCUACCGUCCAUUGACGUUCCUGUUGCGGCCGCCGUCGCUGGAGGCUGGUCCGCCGUCCGUGCGAGAACAAAGAGGCCGCAAUGAAGAUGAGAAGCUUGUUAGACCGGACGGAAAGAGAAUGGAAAAACACGGGUCUCCAGCAAAAUGAAAGAGAAGAAUAUCCCCUGCAAUUAAAUCAGGGGCAGACUUGGUAUUGUGUUAAAAAUAAGUCCUAUUUAAGUUUAAAAAAGUAGCUAGUCCUAUACGUGUAUAUAUGUAAAGUUAUGGUCUUAUUUAAGACCAUUUCUCCUCCGUAUAUGUGUAGUUUAGGUCUUUAGGAUGUGCGUUCAGCGUGCUCACUAACAAGCCCGUAACCGCAUUUUAUAAUUUCCGAAGUUUUAAAGGACCGAAG